AUGCAAAACGCUACGGGUGGCGGAAACCUAACACUGUACCCCACCUAUCUAUCAUUCUAUUAUUACAUUCUUUUCAUUAUUUAUCUAUCUAUCUAUCUAUCUAUCUAUCUAUCUAUCUAUCUAUCUAUCUAUUACAUUCUUUUCAUUAUCUAUCUUCAUCUAUCUAUCUAUCUAUCUAUCUAUCUAUCUAUCUCAGUCUGUGAUCUAUCUAUCUAUCUAUCUAUCUAUCUAUCUAUCUAUCUAUCUAUCUAUCUAUCUAUUACAUUCUGUUCAGUAUCUAUCUAUCUAUCAUCUAUCUAUCUAUUACAUUCUGUUCAGUAUCUAUCUAUCUAUCUAUCUAUCUAUCUAUCUAUCUAUCUAUCUAUCUAUUACAUUCUGUUCAGUAUCUAUUCAUCUAUCUAUCUAUCUAUCUAUCUAUCAUCCAUCUAUCUAUUACAUUCUGUUCAGCAUCUAUCUAUCUAUCUAUCUAUCUAUCUAUCUAUCUAUCUAUCUAUCUAUCACAUUCUGUUCAUUAUCUAUCUAUCUAUCUAUCUAUCUAUCUAUCUAUCUAUCUAUCUAUCUAUCUAUCUAUCUAUCUAUCUAUCUCAGUCUGUGAUAUAUCUAUCUAUCUAUCUAUCUAUCUAUCUAUCUAUCUAUCUAUCUAAAUCACUAUUCAGAUAUUUCCAUCCAUUCUUUCUUUGUAUUUUUCUUUCGUUCUUUACGUUUUUGUCUUUCUUUCUUUCUUUCUUUUCUGUUUUUCUUUCUUUCAAUUGUUUUCUUUCUUUCCGAAGCUCUUUUUACUUUCACAUCGAUUGCCAUUGGUCUCUAUCUUUUUCUCUUUCUCUUUCUGCUUUUCUUUCUUUUAUAUCACUUCGAGUGCUAUUAAUCUCUUUCUUCUCCUCUUUCCCUUUUCUAUCUUGUUUUCAUUCUUUCGUUUUCACUUCGACUGCCAUUAGUUUCUUACUUUUACUAUUUCCUUUACCAUCAUUCCUUCUUCUAUUAAACUUUUCUUUCUUUUUCUUUUUUCUUACUUCAUUUGUUUUUUCUUUCUUUUCACAUUAG